AUGGCACCAGUACUUCAAAAGUACAGCUGGAUUCUAGCACUUACCACCAUCGCCUUUAUCUUUUCAUCAGCAUCCAAUGGAGCCAAUGAUGUCGCCAACUCGUACGCAACGUCAGUCGCCGCCAGGACAUUGAAGAUGUGGCAAGCCGGUAUUCUGGCAUGCUUCACGGAAUUCCUUGGAGCUGUCGCAUUAGGUUCAAAAGUUACUUCUACCAUCAAGUCAGGAGUCUUUGGACCCGACAAGUUCGCACCGGCUCCUGCAACCUUUAUGCUGGUCAUGGGUUGCGCUGAAGUUGGAAUCGUUGGUGCGCUUGCAGGUGCAGGUAUCGCCGCCCAAACCCCUCUCAAGUGGGCUUGGUCCAGUGGCUCCCUGUCUCAAAUUGCCGCAUCUUGGGCCAUCGCUCCUUUGAUCGCUGCCGGUAUCUCCGCCGCCUUGUUCCUCACUGUCAAGUACGCCGUUCUUGAGAGGAAGGACCCGCUGAAGUGGGGUCUUCGCCUCAUUCCAUGGUACCUCGCGUUCACUGCUGGUAUGCUUGCUCUAUUCAUCCUUGAUGAGUUACCAAACGCCCCGUCUUUCGAAGAAAUGGGUGCUGGCAAAGUGUCCGGUAUCAUCCUUGGAGUUUCUGUUGGUGUACUGGCCAUCAGCUAUAUCUUCUUCGUCCCUUACUUCCACCGUCGCCUGAUUAAGAACGAUGCUCGCAUGCGUGUAUGGCACAUUCCUCUCGGACCUCUUCUAUAUCGAGAGAACCCCCCGGUCUACUGGCCGGGUAAGGGUGAUAUGGUUGUAACCGACUAUUACGCAAAGUCAUCGGUUGACACUACCGACAACGACAUGGAGAAGGCCGACUUGAAGAAGGCACAAGAUAAUUCCACCAUCAUCAACCCCAAGGAUACUGCGGGUAGUGAGCAUGGCUCCUCUAGCGCUGUCGAAGCUAACAGUAACGACGGUCUCCAUGCUCGCAACCCACAAUCAGCUCUUGCCGCGCACGUUAUUGUAGCAAAGCCAGAGCCUGAAGAACGCUGGCUGCACCCUGUCAAACACCUACCCUUCUAUUCCCCCAAGAAAAUUGGCAACUGGGCUAAGUAUCUUUUCUUACAAGGUGUUGCCCGCGACGUCGUCACCCAGAAGAACCUUGGCGCUGUCCACGCCCGCGCGAUUGUUUACGAUAACAAGACUGAACAUCUAUGGACCUACGCUCAGGUUGCUUCUGCGAUGAUGAUGUCCAUUGCGCACGGCAGUAACGAUGUUGCCAACGCUGUGGGUCCUUGGGUUGCUUCCUACAACACUUACGAGAGUGGUGAGGUGACAUCCAAGGCCGAUACUCCCAUCUGGAUCCUUGUCAUUGCUGGGCUCCUGCUCGGUAUUGGUUUCUGGAUUUACGGCUUCAACGUCAUGCGCUCCCUUGGAAACAAGAUCACCCAGGUCUCGCCUACUCGUGGUUUCGCCAUGGAGCUCGGCGCUGCAAUCACUGUUCUUCUCGCCAGUCGUCUCGGUCUUCCGGUCUCCACAACACAAUGCUUGACCGGAGCUACUAUCGGUGUCGCCCUUUGCAACUUCGAUAUCCGCGCCGUCAACUGGAAGCAGAUUGCUUUUAUCUUCUCGUCAUGGAUCAUUACACUUCCAAGUGCUGGACUGAUCGCCGGACUGCUCAUGGUCAUGGCUCUGAACACACCACAUUUCUAG